UUUCUCUCAACUCUCAUGGGUCUUCUGUUGUCCUUACCCCUUGCAGGGGGACUGGGAACAAUCGGCUCGUCCUGUUUGGCGGGCCUUGCCUUCUGUUUCACCUCCACAGCUGCGUCCAUGUUCUUCAAGUCAUGCAAUUGCAACUCUUCAAUCGCUACCCGCGUUGGCUUUGCGAUAAUCUUCUCCUUGAACUCAAUACUGGCCUGGGUAAUGAAGACGCAGAUGGUCGCAGAACUCAUUCGCAAGUGGAGUUACGACUACAUCAAGAUGGAGUGUGCCAACAACAAGUGUUAUGGAGUUCUGGCGGUCCAUCGCAUCUGUUUCGCCCUCACUCUGUUCCAUAUCAUCCUCAGUCUUUCUCUCAUCGGCGUCAAAGACACCCGUGACAAGCGUGCUGCACUUCAGAAUGGCUGGUGGGGUCCAAAAGUCCUGCUGUGGAUUCUCAUCAUUGUCUCGUCAUUCUUUAUUCCCAACCAGUUUUUUAUCUUCUGGGGAAACUACGUGUCUCUCAUUGGCGCGACAAUAUUCAUCCUGCUUGGUCUCGUACUUCUUGUGGACUUUGCCCACACUUGGACGGAAACCUGCAUCGAAAACUGGGAAAACGACUCGUCCUCUCUUUGGCAGUUUAUCCUUAUUGGAUCAACUGCUGCCAUGUACAUCUUCACGAUUACCAUGACGGGUAUCAUGUUUGGGUACUUUGCGGGGUCAGGAUGCACUCUGAACCGAUUUUUCAUUGCCUUUAAUCUAACUUUGGCCAUCGUUAUCACCCUUGUUGCGAUAAACCCGACUGUUCAAGAACACAACCCCCGUUCUGGCUUAGCACAAUCCGGAAUGGUUGGCGCAUACUGCACAUAUCUUAUUGUUUCUGCUGUCUCCAAUCAUACACACGAGUCCAACAAAUGCAACCCUCUUCGUAGCAGCGAAAGCACAGCACGGACCACAGCAGCCGUCCUCGGCGCUAUAUUCACCUUUCUAGCUAUCGCCUAUUCCACAACGAGGGCAGCCACCCAAAGUCGUGCUCUUGUGCGUAACGGCAAACGCGGAAGUGCCAUCCAGCUCCCCGAUGAUGACGGGCAUGCUGAACUAGGAGUGGUCAAUACCCAGCCGUCUAGAACUGACUCACCGAGAUACAGAGCUCUUCUGGCAGCAGUUGAGGCUGGUGCUAUCCCAGAGUCAGCUCUCCAGGAAGACGAGGAUGAUGAAGACGACUUGGACACGGAAACACGCGACGAUGAGCGGUCGGGUACACGUUACAAUUACUCUUGGUUCCACAUUAUAUUCGCCAUUGCGGCGAUGUACGUUGCGAUGCUGUUGAAUGACUGGAAUGUUGUGACCUCGGAUGACAAAUCACCAGAUCCCAAUAGCAUUUACAUUGGCCGUUCAGAAGUUGCGAUGUGGAUGCGCGUGGUUUCUAGUUGGAUAUGCAUGCUUUUAUAUAUUUGGAGUCUCAUCGCACCAGUCAUACUCCCUGAUCGAUUUGGUGAAAUAUAA